UUGUUACCCACAAAUACAAUACAUAUCCUUCUCCCCACUUGCGUAUAGAAGUGGUACUUAUUAGAGCGCAUCUUGUAUGAGAUUGUUUUACCAUUAAACAGGAGCAGUUUAAUCAAUAUCUUUUUAGAAAAAAAUGAUCAAGAAAAUGAAAAACUGUUUUUUUGGUUUUUUUUUUUUUAUAUUGGGCCAGUUUAUAUUAUGCUAUCUCAUGAUUAAACGGUCUUAAUAAAGAAUUUGUCUCCUUAUUAUUUCUAAAAGAAAAAUGUUCCGCGUAUGGACUUGACUUGGAAUUGUGGUCCUGUACUUUUGGCCUUUAGUUUCUAAAGAUAUUGCCACGAAAUGAGUUAGCUAAUACUUUAUUUCUUGUCAAAAAUAAUCUUUUUUGCUUCACCCAGUAUGUUAUAUUUUUUAUUUUUUUUCGUCUAAAUUAAUUUAUUAUAUUUUGGGAUAUUAUUAAUAGUAUUCCUGUGUUAUUACACUUUAUUUUUGGUACCCGUGUUUUACGUAAUUUCAACGGUACCCAAAUUAUCUUGCUAAUUACAAACGUGACACUUUUUAAGUUUUUUCCGUUAAGUGGCCGUUAAUUUUUAUAAAAAAUCAAUGAUGGUUAGUUUCUUCUACUCUCCUUUUCCCUCUCCUCUUCCUUCUCUCCUUCCAUGGCUGCUUCUUCAAGAUUUACUACUUCAAAUCUCAGUGAUAUACAUGUCCAUCACCACCGGAACUUAACAAUUGUUGUCCAUCAUCUGUCUAGUGAUCGAACUGUUCCGUUCAUUUUAAGGGUGCCAAUCAGUUCUUUAGUUUUCGCAGAUACCAGUAAGAUGUAACCUUCGUUUCCCAAAAAAACUAUGGUACGAGAACCAGGGGAAACCUCAAAAAGUUCUAAGCUUUUUUCCUCUCUUCCGGUUAGUGGCCCGAUUUUAUCAACAUUAUCCUUGGAUAUGCCUACGCUGUAAAAGAACUUUCUUCUUCCAGCAACGAUAACUUGUGACCCAUCAGGCAAGAACGAAGCAUUUCUAAUAGGGCAAUCUUCAAUGAAUAUGACAUCCAUCAUUUUAUUCCUCUUGCCAUCAUUGGAAAAUUUUCAGCUUUCGAUCUAGUCCAGCACUAGCAGCAAGGAGCAACUGAUGGUUUCGGUGAAAUUGGACGGAGUUUAUUGGACCAUUAGAAGGAUCUUCAGCAUUGGCAUCUACUAAUUUUGAGUAUUCGAGAAUUCCGGGCAAAAGUUUUGCUCAUUUUUUCACAACAAGCUCUUCGUUUGUUUUAAGAAUAUCAUCAACAUUUUUAUAUUCAGAGGCAACAACCGACCGAUUUUCUACCUCAAACUCGUCAUCAGAAUCUUACCUUAUGAUUUUCGAGUCAAAAUUGGCCCAAUCUGUUCCUGGGUACAACUUAGCAUGAUGAGCCCUCAACCUUGACACAUACGUAGACCUUGCUAUUAUAGUCUCAUCUUCUUCCUCAAUCUAUUGAUGAAUGAUGAUUUACAAUAGAAGUUUAAAUUAGAGAUUAUUUCAAUAGUGGUAAUUAAGCAUGGGUUGUGGAAGUAGUAAAUCUAAGGCAUUUGAAGUAGUAAAUCUUAAAAAAGCAGCCUUGGAAGGAGAGAAGGAAGAGGAGAGGAAAAAGGGAAGAAGAAGAAAACCAUGGUUGGUUUUUUAUAGAAAUUAACGGGCACUUAACGGAAAAAACUUAAAAAAGGGUACCAUUAGAAUUACGAAAAACACGGGGUACUAAAGAUAAAGUGCAAUAACAUAAGAGUACUAUUGAUAAUAUCCCUUAUAUUUUUUAUAUAAUUAAUUCUUUAAAUUUUUAUUCAUAUAUUUCUAUUCUUUUAUAUCAUAUGUUAUAUCAACGCUCCCAAGCCAAACUACCUACUACCUAGUAAUGAAGGUGAUUUUGAUCAUCUUAUAGCUUAUUGCCUUAUUCCGUAGCAUGUAUUGUUGGUGAACAAGAGGAGGUGCGAUGCACUUAUGUUUGCGAUUUUUCGCUUGAUUGGGACAUGUAUGUCCUAUUGGGAAUAUUCUCCUACUGAUUUUUCGCUUGAUCUAGUAAGUGAAGUAUGAAUUACAAAUUCAAAUUCAUCACUACUCACAAUACAAGCUAGCAUUAGGAAAAUCAAAACUCAUUUUAUUUUAUUUGGACUCAUAUUUGGUGGAUUUCAAAAAAAUAGAAUCCAUAUCCUAAAAUUAGGUGCGAGUCUGAGGCGGAUUCAGUAGGAUUUUAGAUUUAUAACCAUCGAUAAUACAACUAAACAAGGUCGAGGCAUUAUCUUUAAACAAAGGUGAAAAAUCAAAACAUGGAUCAGCCCUGUGCAAAAUCUUUCACGAUCUCAAUUUACAGAGAUUUCAUUCCUCUCCUUUGAAUAAAAAGAAAUCAGGAACAUGGACAAACUAAAUAAUCAAAAAGGAAAAAAAUUAACUCUUAUAUUUCAUUGAAAUUGCAACAUUAUGCAAAUAUAUCUAAGAGCUUUUGACAAAAAAUGUUAUAACCUCAAUGCAUCAUAGGGAAUAUAUCCAUUAACCGUGUUAGAAAAAUGGUUUUGAAUGGAUCCUCAUGGAAGUCCUAAAAGGCCAUGAAACUUGAGUAGGCAUGCAGUUUAUAAUGACCUGCAGGCUGCAGCCAUUGCUAAAUAAAGGAGCACAACAAAAUAGUAGAAGUAAGUCGGGCAUAUAAUCAAUUCAUUUAAUAUAUUGAUCACACGUGACUAUUUUAAAGUUAUAAGUGACUACUUUAAUAUUAUAAUUUGUCAGUUUAAGAUCGCAUAUAAGUACUUUAAGACUAUAAGUAAUUAUUUUAGGACUUAAAAUGUAUAUUAGAUAAACCCAAUAAAAAUAAUGUUACGUAACACAGCUCAUUUUGAAAAUUUGUGUUCAAUCUUAGUAUUAUUAUUUUCUAAACCACAAAGACAGCACAAGCCCCAAAGGGGCAUAAUUGUCAACAAAUCCGCUCCAAGCCUCUAACUUAAAUUCAAAUUCCCGCCUGUUUCGUUCUUUUAAACCCUUCAAAAAUUAACAAAAAUUUUUAUGGAGAGGCACUCUCUGUUCUUUAAUUUUCCCCAAAUCUGCUGAAUUCCUCCUCAAUACUCUUCCCCCAACGCCUAAUUUCAACGACAUUCUAAACCCCACUACUAUUUUCAUCCUGGGUAAUUUUUGUUUUUCUGGGUUUAUGUUUGAUUGAGUUAAACAAAGAGAAUACUCAUCAAUGGCGACAUCACCACCAUUAGUUCCAGAUGAUUCUGGAUCUCGACACCAUGCUUAUAGCAGAAAGCAGAAAUCUUUGGGUCGUUUGUGUUCUAAUUUUAUUGGCUUGUACAAUAGAGAUGGGGUUGAAUCAAUUGGCCUAGACGAUGCUGCUAAUAAAUUAGGAGUUGAGAGACGACGGAUUUAUGAUAUUGUCAAUAUAUUAGAAAGUGUUGGGGUGUUAGCAAGGAAGGCAAAAAAUCAGUAUACAUGGAAGGGUUUUAAAGGGAUUCCUAAGGCUCUUGCUGCUCUAAAGGAAGAGAGUUUGAAGGAGAAUUCUAGUUCUAGUAGAAGUAGCAAAAUGAAGCUCCAAGUUAUCGAAGAUGACGAUGAUGCACACUCGAAUCCAGAUAGUGGAAGUCAGCAAGAAGUAUCAAACAUCAGUGCUAGUUCGAAGCCUCGUAAGGACAAUAGAAGGGAGAAGUCUUUGGGAUUCUUGACUCAGAAUUUUGUCAAGCUGUUCAUUUGCUCUAAUGUAGAUUUGAUCUCCUUGAAUGAAGCCGCAAAGACCCUGCUUGGUGAUGGACACAAGUCAACAAUAAUGAGAACAAAAGUCAGGCGGUUGUAUGACAUUGCCAAUGUAUUGUCCUCCAUGAAACUCAUUGAAAAGACUCAUCAAACGGAUACUAGGAAACCAGCCUUUAGGUGGUUGGGGCUGAGGGAAUGUAGCGAGGCUACUAUACCGUGUGUACCUAUGCCUACGGAGUCUAAGAAAAGGGUCUUUGGAUCUGAUAUAACUAAUAUCAAUUUCGAAAAGAAUCGUGUGGAGUUUCUUGGACAAAAAGCAAAACAGCUCAAACAAGUGAAAUCGGAGAAUGCUGAGAGCGAGUUUUACCCGAUACAUUCUGAGCAAAAUAAGAAACCAAGAAGCUACCGAUACGGUCCUUUUGCACCUAUCACCGUGGCCAAAGUAGGUAGCGCGGAGCAGAAAAACUCAAAGCCAGUCCACGACUUGGAAAGUCUCGCCUUGACUUAUUGCCCUCAGUAUCACAAUCAAGCUGCAUAUGAUGUUCGUUACCAAGAGUCGAUCGAGCUCAAUCUCUAUCUAAGGCUUUGAGAGACAUCUUUGACCAUUAUACGGAGGCAUGGAGAACUUGGUAUUCCGAAGUAAAUGUGCAGUUAUUAGAGCAAGUUUCUUAGUACACUUAAACAUAAUGUUAAAUUCUUAAUCUCAAAUCAUUUUAUGAAUUAAUUGAUAAGUUUUAGUGUUCGUUCACAUCGGAUUUUAUUUUCCAUUCAUUUUUUAAUACAUUAGAAAUUAGAAUGAAAUGAUAUAGAUGGGAAGAUACUAACAAUGUAGAUGGAUUAGAAACUCUCGUAAAAGAUCGUGAUGCCCACAAAAUAAAGAGCAAAUAUUCUUAUAAUUUAUAUUAAUUGGGCUGUUUAAUCAAUGUAUGGGGCACGUUGCAUAGUGGGUUGACUCAUAAAAUAAAUUUGUGUAGAUUAAUUUUAUUGUCAAAUUCCCUUCGUUCAAAUUUUGAUGAGAAUACAUUGUCAAAUUCAUGUAUAAUGGAAGUAUGUUUUGUGCAUUUAGUGAGCCACAAGUAACUGCUGAAAUGAAGCAAGAAAAAGGCAUGGACAUAGUUGGGAUGUGAUUGGGUUUUUUUUAUACAUUUUGAAAAUUUUGUCCCCAGAAAAACAUGAUUUUCUUUGAAGAUAAUUCAAAAUUGGAUUCUGUGCUUACCAUUCGUCAUAGACUAUAAAUUAAAGAAAGUUGCUGCUUAUAGAAGUGCAUUGAUUGAAACUUCAACUCUUGAAGAAUAAUUAAGAUCAACUUGUCAAGACAAAAAAUAAA